CACACAACCCAUUCCAGUUCCGACCAGGAGCCAGUCAGUCAGUCAGUCAGUCAGUGAAAGUUUUUGUCGCCAUCUCUGUUGGCUGUUGUGGGAGCCGUCUGUGAAGUGCUUAAUAAAAACAGUAAACCUGCUCGCUGUGGUUCCAUCGCUGCUUCUGGUGCGCUGGCACUGCUUCACGCGUGCGGUUUGGGUAGCCGAAAUCGGAUGACAUUAUCUCUCAGUGGGCUGCGUGCCGCAGGACAUUUGUGGUGGAUCCCCGUGGGGAUGGUGUUGGCGGUAGCGCUGCCUCAGCAUCAGCGACAGCGACAGCAGCCUCUGCAGCAUUGUUUUUGUUUGCGAGACCAAAAUUAAAAGCGAAACGAGUCGUCGCACCUUAGGCAUGCAUCUUUAAUGAAGCGCCGAUGAAUUUCCAUGCCACUCCGUGCCCGUGGAUCCGUGCGAAAUGAAUGGUUACGGCGUAUGAAUAAGCAAUGAAAUAAGCGCCCUCAGGCAUUUGUCAUUUGGCAAAGUGAAAAUUGAAGUGACUGUGAAAAUUAAGACAAAUGCGUGCUCCUCCACCGGAUUACUUUGCCCAUUAAACAAAACUCAGUCGAGAGUCUAGCCCCGCAGGCGAAUCCACGCAGCUCGAAUCGAGAUCCGAGCUAAUUUUGGACUUAACUAGUCUCUGCCGCAACAAAAGCAACAAAAGAUGGAGGCUAAAGCUGGCUUAAGUUCGCAGGAGGACAGGUCCCUGAAAGGUUCAGAGAAACUCAAGAUGCUGGACAUCACGCGCGAUAAGCCCGUGAAGGUGGCCGUCAAAGUGGCCGUGCCCGUGAGGGAUCACCCCAAGUUCAAUUUCGUUGGCAAGCUGCUGGGACCCAAGGGCAACUCGAUGAAGCGCCUCCAGGAGGACACCAUGUGCAAGAUGGCCGUGCUGGGCCGCGGCUCGAUGCGUGACCGGCGGAAGGAGGAGGAGCUGCGCGCCAGCGGCGACAAUCGGUAUGCCCAUCUCUUCGAGGACCUGCACGUGGAGAUAUCGACGUUCGCCGCACCGGCCGAGGCCCAUGCCCGCAUCGCCUAUGCCCUGGCGGAAGUGCGUCGGUUUCUGGUUCCGGACUACCACGAUGACAUUCGGCAGGAGCAGAUGUGGGAGAUGCAAGCACUCACGUCCACGCCCGGACUGGCCACUCACCUGGACGACUCCCAGAGCCCCACCACCAGCACCAGCAACAGCACGGGCACAGGCCCAGGCACAGGCACGGCCACCAAUCCCAAUCCGAGCGUCAGCACAUGCCGGGGGCUAGCCGGUGGCCUGGCGGACAUGGACACCUCGAACGAUGACAAAUCGGACAAUGACAUCAGUGGCAUGGACUGCCUCUCGCCCGAUAAGCUCGACUGCUCGCCCGCCUGCGGCAGCAUCAGCAUCACCACCACCACCGAGCAUGCUCACAGCCAUGCCCACACCCAUGCCCACGCCCAUCCACAGCAGCACCACCAUCAUCACCAUCACCACGGCCAUCCCCACAGCCACGCCCACGCCCACACCCACACCCUCGCCCAGCCGUCGCACUUCCACCAGCUCCUGCAGCAGGCCCACGGCGGAGCGAGUGCAGCGGCAGCGGCAGCCUGCGGGGAGCAUCUGGCCGGACAGGCCACUCCGGCAGCGGCAGCGGCACUGCACACCACAGCCAUGGCAGUGGCGCUGCAGCACCAGCUGACAGCAGCCGGAAUCGGAGGACUCCUGAAGCCGGCGGCCGGGGUGGGGGCAACCCUGGCCGGGCUUCCGACCACCCAGGCGAGCGCCGCGUCCCUCCAGCUGCCCAUCUGUGCAGACGGGGAGUCAGCCACAUCCACGCUGACGCUGCUGGAGCCACCCGGCUCAGCCCUCCUGCAUCCCGCACUGCGCAACGUCAAGACCAUCAACAUAGGUGGCGGCCUGGGACGCAAGCGUCCGUUGCUGGGCGUUCCCCGCACUGGCAUGAAUCCCACCAAGCGCACGGUGAUGAGUCUGCUGGCCAGGGCCAAGAACUCCCAGGCACUGCACUCGGUCCGACAGCCGGUGGUGACAGCAUCCAGCUAUGCAGAGCCCUUGCAGAUGCUGGCAUCGCCCUUCAUCAUUCCGCACCACCAGGCCGUGGACCAGCACCAGCACCAGCCACUCCUGGCGCUGUCCAAGGAGAGUUUCGCCCAAGGCGUCUAACCCAGUGACCUCCUCCAGCUGCGGCUGCGGCCGCCCACUGACCACGGUCCCAGUCCAUCCCGACCGCCUUCGAUGUGCCCCGCCUCCUUCUUUUAAAGAGAUCUUGAGGAUGGAUAUGGAUCCCCGAACCCCUCCCCGGUAGCCAUAAAUGUAUGCACAUACCGCAAAUGUACUCCGUACCCGUAACCGUACACGAUGAAUACCCGUACAGUCGUACACAGACGUACGCAUGACUUUACAUACAUAUAUGACCGAUCUUUAGGGACUAACUGUGAACUUAUACGAACGAGAUGUGUCGCGUCUACAGUGGACACUCGUGCUCGUGCCACAUGAUUUUAUUUUUUACUGAUAAUAAACGGAGCGAAUAUUUUCAAUGCGAUGUUUUAUUUCCACAGAAGAAAACCAAAACCAAAAAAAAAAACAAAACCCAAAACAAAAAGUCAAAAGAAAUGUUUAAUUUAAUGGAAUAAAGUUUAAAACAAAAAUGGAAACCUAAAAUUAGUGUCAAAUUAAAGAGAGCAACUUCAAUAGAAAUAAAAUGUAAACGCAAUUACUUUAAACAAAUUACUUUAACUAAAUAUAUACACACAAAUACGAAUGCUAAACGAAUGCGAUUUCGGAUUCUGAUUCGAAUUCGAGUACCGAACACACAAGUACCAUACAAAAAUACUUAUAUACAAUACAAGCAACACACAUCCAUACAUGCAUAUAAAAAUAUAUACAACUAUAUGUGUGUGUGCGUGUGUACUUAAAUAUACAUACAUAAACUAAGAUUAAACCGAACAAAACUAUUAAAUUAAUGAGAUAAUAAUUUUAAAGAGUUUUAACAGCAAAACAAAACAAAACAAAACAAGUGAAAAGUAAAGUAAAGAAAACGAAGACAAAGUCAAAGAUAGAAACGAUACUCGUACGCUUUCAAAUGGUAUUACGUAUACGUCUAUGGAGUAGACAGACAGAGCCCCGAUCAGAGAGAUCCCACCGCCUUCAGCUUACUUUGCCUGAUUGAUUGAUUAAUUGAUUGAUUGAUUGAGUAGUGUGUAGUCCUAGCCCCCUCAGACCCAGAGCUUUGUGUGCAGGUUAAAUCCAGAUGCUACUAGAUAUGAUAUGUAGAUAGUUCGGUUUCAGUUCAAGAACGGAAAGUUUCAGCACAUCGAAAGCAGAGCGAUUACCUAGAGAGAGAGUUAUAUUUUGUUCAGAUUAAAAUAAUAAAUGAAUAAUAAAUAAAUAAAUAAAAUAAAGAUGGGAUUGAAACGGAUAUGGCUUUGGUCUGAGCCUAGCUAGAUUAACCCCAUCCCUCACUUGACUUCGAUGCUUCGGAUUACUGUCUUUGUGUGUGUUUUUCUAGAAUCUAGAUAAUGAAUUGAUAGUCACACUACAUAAGGGAAUUUGAUCGGAACCGUUUCUAUGUUGCACUUUAAGAGAUACCUACAUAUGUAUGUAUGUAUAUUAACCUUUUCCCCGGAACUCCACCAGCUAGAGAUUUACACUUGAACGAUAUCAAGAGGAAGCACAUACAAGCAUACAUAGCGAUAACCGAUAUACAAUAACAAACAACCAAACUACCAAACAAGCAUUAAUCGAUAAAUGUUCCCAAAAAGAAAAAGUUUAAUCAAAAGGAAACGAAACGAAAGAAAACAAAAAACAAAACAAAACGAAUAUUUACAAGCGUAAAGUAAACUUUAGAAAUACAGUAAAGUAAAUUAUUGAUGUUGAAUGAAAGUAAAAUCCGUGUAAGGUCCUACUCUCAUAUCCUAUCCACAUGCCAUUACGUGUAGAUGUCUAUUAUGCAACUUGAAUUAAAUAAUUAAACAAAGUCUUAAAUGGCCCACGAAGCAAACUCAAUGUGAGAAAUUGCAGCCAAACUCCAACAACAACAACAACAACAAAAACAAACACCACCACCACCACACAGCUUCGAGCUAUUCACAAAUAAAUUGCAAUAUUUUAAAAAUAAA